AUGAGGAAAGUCAAUUUGCACCUAGCAACAUUUCUAAAAAUUCACAGGACAAAACCAAAACCCAAACCCACUGGCCCGGUGCGAUUAGCAUACCACACGGCCCUUUCCCUUUUCUUCCCACGAACUUGUGAGUUCGCUGGACAACCCAUUAAACAUUCUUCAUUACUUCUCAACAAUCCUCUCUUCAAGUAUUGGCUUCCUGGUUCGAAUGCAAUAAAGGUUUUCUUACCCAUUAAUGGCAUGUUUCUAAGCGGUUUUUGCUUUAACCACUUUAGGCUGGUUGCCCAAGCAUGGAAGACUUUGUUUGCUCAAUUCUACGUUUCAUCUCAUCUGGGUAACUGCUGCUGCUACUUGUUGAGGGCUCCAUUUGAUUUCGCGGCGAACAAAACAGAUACGGCGGUUAUAUUGCAAGCCGGCGAUAGCAACAAUUAUCGAAGGAUUAUUGCAGAGAGAAGGGUGAGAUGGAUAUACAAGGAAAGGCUAGCAUUGUGGUAAUUGGGUCUUAGUGUUCACACUGGCCACAGUCUGAAUGCCGUGAAAAAUCUUGCCAUUCCAGAAGCUGAAAUGGCCUUCGAGCUUCACUUGGGAGAGCUAUGUAAUUUAAAUCAUAUAGAAGAGGCUGCAGUUCUUAGCACGUGUAAUAGAAUGGAGAUAUAUGUUGUGCCUAUCUCAGCAUAGAGGGUCAAAGAAGUUACUGAAUGGAUGUCAAAGGACAAGUGCGCAUUCCUGGUUCAAGAAAUUUGGAACAACCGCGUUUUUUUACUGUACAAAAACAAUGAUGCUUUACACAGCACAUUUUUGAAGCUGUCUGCAGGUCUUGACUCUCUUGUUCUAGGAGAGGCCAAAUUCUUUGCUCAGGUUAAACAAGUUGUCAAAGUUGGCCAAGGAGUUGUUGGUUUUGGGCGGAACAUUAGGGGCGUUUUUAAGCAUGCAAUAUCUGUUGGCAAGCGGUUAGGACUGAGACAAAUAUUUUUGUGGCUGGAAGCUGUUUCUGUAAGUUCUCUGCUGUUGAACUGGCUUGGGAUGAAGCUUCUGGAAUCUCCAUGUACCGCCAGAAUGUUGUGUGAUUGGAAGCAGGCCAAGUAUGGGAAGCUUGUAAUCAAACACUUGUAGCAAAGGGUUUGCACUGAAAAUGGGUUGAUCGUUUCAAACAGAAAGUGAGGAGAGAAGUUGCAAGCUAUACGUGAUGAGCUGAAGGAUUGUUGGGAUGCAUUUUACAAGCCCCUUGAAGAAAUGCUAAACUCUGCUGAAAAGCUGAUGUUAUUUUUCACCAGUUACAGGCAUUCAGAAACCCAUUAUUUUGGAAGAACAUGUUAAAAGGACCUUUCCUCUGUUGGUCCAGAGGUUGGAGGUUUCAGGUUAUUUAUAGACAUCCUCUGUUCAAGGAAUGUGAGCUCAUGUGUCAAUGCUGUUGACAGAGUUCGAGUUUACAAAUGUCGAUUGAUUCUCAAGGAAGUCGUUGCUGCCUAAAUAAAGAGGAUCGCCUCCGGGAAAGCAAUGGAAGCUAAGCUAUUAUUGCUGAGGAAUCAGAAACAAUUGAAGCCCUGGAGCGGAUUCACUGGAGACGUUCCUACAAUCAAGAAAAUUCGAGCUUAUGCAGAGAAGAAUCAGGUCGCCAAGAAACUAGAUAAAUGCCUUUCAAAGAUGAGUGAGGAUAUCCCAAAGAAAAACAAGAGAGCAGUAGAAUAUCUUAUGCGCGGUGUAGUUAACAAGCUACUUCGUCCAAUGCAGCACUUGAUCGAUGGAAGUGACAGCCGAACUCUAAGUGAGGGGACCCUUGAGAAUAUGGCAUGCUUAACAGAAUUGUUCAGCCUUGAGACAGAA